CGCGAGAGUAGGGGGAGCACGGCCCGCGCCCCAAGGGAGCCGCCGAGGCCGCGGGCUGGGCGGGGCGCCGGGGAUCGCGGGUGCGCGAGCGCGGGCGGCCCGCUGAGCCGCGGCCGCGACCCCUCUCCGCGGGCGCGCGGCCAUGGCACGGAAGUGGCGCCUGCCUCUGCUCCUGGUGCCGCUCCUGCUCGGCCCAGGCCUCCUGCACAGCUCCAGCGCUCCGCCCCUGGUCCUCAACACUUGGCCUUUUAAGAACGCAACCGAAGCAGCGUGGAGGACCUUAGCAUCUGGAGGCUCUACCCUGGAUGCAGUUGAGCAUGGCUGUGCCGUGUGUGAGAGGGAGCAGUGUGACGGCAGUGUGGGCUUUGGAGGGAGUCCCGAUGAGCUUGGAGAAACCACAUUGGAUGCCAUGAUCAUGGACGGCACUACUAUGAACGUAGGAGCGGUAGGAGAUCUCAGGCGAAUUAAAAAUGCGAUCGGAGUGGCUCGGAAAGUGCUAGAACAUACAGCACACACGCUGUUAGUGGGAGAGUCAGCCACCAAGUUUGCUGAAAGUAUGGGGUUUAUCAGUGAGGACUUAUCUACCAAUACUUCUCGAGCCCUUCAUUCAGAUUGGCUUGCUCGGAAUUGCCAGCCAAAUUACUGGAGGAAUGUUGUCCCAGAUGCUUCAAAAUACUGUGGACCUUACAAACCACCUAGUAUCUUAAAGCAAGAAGGUCCUUCCCAUAAAGAAACAGGAGAUAACCACGGUCAUGAUACAAUUGGCAUGGUUGUAGUCGAUAAGAUGGGACAUACUGCUGCCGGGGCAUCUACAAAUGGUAUAAAAUUCAAAAUACCUGGUCGAGUAGGAGAUUCGCCAAUACCCGGAGCUGGUGCCUACGCGGAUGACAGCGCAGGAACGGCUGCAGCCACUGGCGAUGGGGAUAUACUGAUGCGCUUUCUACCCAGCUACCAGGCUGUAGAAUAUAUGAGAAGAGGAGAAGAUCCAACCAUAGCUUGCCAGAAAGUGAUUUCCAGAAUUCAGAAGUAUUUUCCAAACUUCUUUGGGGCUGUUAUAUGUGCCAAUGUGACUGGAAGUUAUGGAGCGAGCUGCUGCCUGACACCCUCCACACACAGUAACAUUGUGUCUGACGGGAGAAGCUCACAUUUGUUCUCUGCUGAAGCCUUUUCAAAGUCAGGAUUUAUAUUACCGUUUGGUAAGAAAUGCCACAUCUCAGAACAUGUGAAAAACCAGCCAGCGCCCAGAUGUCUUCGGCAUACGUCUGCUGCCCACUGAACUGCAUCCCCACAGAGUGAUAAAAUGAGGCGAGCACUGUGGCUGAUCUGCAGCUAUCAGAAUCAUCUU